AAAGACUUGUGAAAAGACUGCGUUUAGUGGAAAUCCCAUUCCCAAGCUCAGUUUGGAUUAGAAUUACAAUGAAGAAAGGAGAUUUUGCCCCUAAGCUCACGCUCUCUGUCCCUGCAAGAGAUGAAGUUUCCAAUUUCCUGACUGAAUCCGGGACGUUUAAGGAUGGGAAUCUGCUGGUGAACAAGAAAGGGAUUCGGAUUAUCUCAGAAAACCAAGCUGAAUCUUCUUCAGCUAUACAGCCAUCAGAUAACCAGCUAUGCUUAACAGACUUCGAAUCGAUUAAAGUCAUUGGAAAGGGAAAUAGUGGGAUUGUGUGGCUCGUUCAACAUAAGUGGACGCAACAACUUUUUGCUCUCAAGGUUAUUCAAAUGAACAUCGAGGAGCCAAGUCGCAAGCAUCUUGCACAGGAAUUGAGGAUUAAUCACUCAUCACAGUGUCCUUAUGUGGUCAUAUGUUACCAAGCAUUUUUUGAUAAUGGCUCCAUCUCCAUGAUCUUGGAGUACAUGGACGGUGGAUCUCUCGGGGAUUUCUUGAAAAUAGUCAAAAAAAUUCCAGAACCAUAUAUUGCUGCUAUCUGCAAGCAGGUACUCAAGGGCUUGUGGUAUCUUCAUCACGAAAAGCAUAUCAUCCACCGUGACUUGAAGCUUCCAAAUUUGCUUAUAAAUCACAGAGGCGAUGUCAAGAUUACCGACUUUGGUGUCAGUGUAAUACUCGAGAGCACAUCUGGAGCAGCUAGUACCUUUAUUGGCACCUACAAUUAUAUGUCUCCUGAGAGAAUUUCGGGAAAGAGUCAUGGAUUUAGAAGUGACAUCUGGAGCCUGGGUUUAGUUCUUCUCGAGUGUGCAACGGGUGAUUUUCCAUAUUCCCCGCCCCAGGGAGAGGAAGGAUGGACCAAUGUUUUUGAGCUUAUGGAAACCAUAGUGACUCAACCAGAGCCGUAUGCAAAUCCAGAUCUGUUUUCUCCACAGUUCUGCUCAUUUAUUGCUAAGUGUGUGCAGAAGGACCCCAAUAAGAGACUGUCAGCAUAUGAACUAAUGAGACACCCUUUCAUCAACAUGUACGACGACCUGGAUAUUGAUCUCGCAUCCUACUUUACCGCUAUAGGACCUCCAUUUGCAACGCUAUGAGCUAUAAUUGGCUUUCUGCAUACAUUCACAAGGAGUGAUGUGCAAUUACACCAAUACCCCCAUGGAUAUUGCUUGAAACUGCUACUUCAGAAGCCUUGUUCAGUCAUUUCAGAGUCUCCUCCAUCCAAUCAGCCAUGGCCUCCCCAGCUAUAACCCAUCCACCAUUAUACAUUAUAGAUAGAUACAGGAAAGUAUUUUUCCAUUUUGCACAAUGAACAGACACUAAGAUUAAAACAACAAAUGACUCUGUAGUUGUACUAUGUAGACAAUCAGAGUUGGAAUAUAGUUUUUCUUGUUGCCAGCA